ACUGGAAGUCAUUUUGGUGUAAUUCAAUUCCUUUGACGGCACCGUGGACGGGAUUUCCAAACAAGGAAUGCGGCUGUUGCUGCAAGCAGACAGAGAAAAAGCAGAGCUGCAAGGCUUCGGCGGCGGGUUCGGGGAUGUGCGCAAGCCCACCUCUGAUUCACUCCUCCGUCAAACCCACACAUUCACCUGGAAGAUAGUAAAAACUGUGAGCAGGGGAGAUUUGGACACAGUUGAAAUGUGGAAAAACAAAACUCACAGGAAGUACAACUAGCGGGUUAUUUCUCUGUCAAUUAAAGAAGAUGGACGUUUGAUUGAGGAACAGAACAAGAAAACAACAUACGAACACACUCGUUAUUUUCUUUACCUUUUUACGCACUGAGAGACCAAACGGAAUCAACGGACAUUCCCAACUCGUUGGGGUUUUACACAUCUCAAUAUCAACAAUUUAAACAUUGGUGAUUUUUGUUGACCUAUCGAAGGACUUACUGGCACACUUUUUUUGGAUUUGGUUGGUGUCCAGUGACAAUAUGCAUCAAAGGGAGAAGUGACUUGAUCAAGGUUGCUGGGAAAUUACCCUGUGUCAACAAUUGAAGCCAUCCACCAAUUUAUGGAUUUUUGAGCGCUACCGUCACAUUUUUCGCAUCUCUUAAACCUCCUUGAUCAACAAUUCCUAAAGAGUCAGUCCAAACUGCAACAUCAUUCUGUUUAUCUAAAACAAUGUCGAACAUUGCUUCUCAAUUUGCCAGUUGCCCGCUUCGAAUGGUGAUUCAGUAUUUUUUUCCUCUGCUAUUAAUGGGGGCGUGGUGCCACUCAUCCCCUUCAGGGUCCGAGUCAAACUCCUGUUCUACACUGGUCCAAAGCCGCUUUUUUGGCUUCUUUCGGUCAUCAUCAGUAUUCCCCACUGUGCCUUGCUCCUGGACCCUGCAGAAUCCUGAUCCACGGCAUUACACCAUCUUCAUCAAGAUAACAAAACCUACCCAGGACUGUCUGCCAUUACAGCUUCGUAUCUUCCAAUACGACACUUUCUUGGAGACCACACACUCCUACCUAGGAAUUGACAGCUUUGACGAAGUUGUGAGGCUGUGUGACACCUCCGCCCCAAUGGCCUUCCUGGAGGCUGACAAGCAAUUUGUUCACAUGAGAAAGGGUCCUCAUCAGAAAGAUGCAACCACUACAAGUGACAGUGACGAGUUCAAAGUCGAGUACCUGGUUGUUGGAAAACGUAACCCCAGCAUGGCAGCCUGUCAGAUGCUUUGCCAGUGGCUGGAGGACUGUUUGGCUUCCAGCACAUCAAGCAGGCCAUGUGGCAUUAUGCAGAUGCCGUGUUCGUGCUGGCAUCCGCCGCCAAAGCACGGUGAGGGCAACAGCUGUUACUACAACGGAGUUUACCUGGAAAACUGUUUACCCAAAGUAAGAGAAACUGGAAAAAACACCAAAAUAAAUGGUAAAGACCUGCACAUUUCUCGAAGUCAGUCACUUCGUUCAGUGGACAGUCGUAAGCAGCUUGAUGAUGGAGACAAGCAACACAGUGGACAGCAAAACCCUCAGACAGACUCAACCUCAGGUGAGGAGUGGUCAGCAUGGAGUGUGUGUUCUGCUACAUGUGGGGAGGGCUGGCAGAGUCGCACUCGUUUCUGUGUCUCCUCCUCGUACAGUACCCAGUGUAGUGGGCCACUGCAGGAGCAGAGAACUUGCAACCCUGCUGUUUGUCCAGUGGCCGGUGCUUGGGAUGAAUGGUCACCAUGGAGUUUAUGUUCGUCAACAUGUGGCAGAGGUUAUAGAUCCCGAACACGAACCUGCACCCCUCCCCAGUUUGGAGGAGAUCCCUGUGAUGGUCCAGAGAAACAGACUAAAUUCUGUAAUAUAGCUGUCUGUCCAGUGGAUGGCGAAUGGAAUGAGUGGUCAAGUUGGAGUUCCUGCUCAUCUUCCUGCUCUAAUGGGACCACACAACGAACAAGAGAGUGUAAUGGCCCCUCAUACGGAGGUUCUGAAUGUAGAGGAGAGUGGUUGGAGACCAUUGACUGCUUCCUUGGGGAAUGCCCUGUGGAUGGGAGGUGGCAGCCAUGGUCUUUAUGGUCAGGGUGUUCCAAGACUUGUGGCGGUGGUAGACAGCAGAGAAACAGAAUUUGUUAUGGGCCCUUUUUUGGGGGACAAUCUUGCCCUGGAGAACGAGAAGAGGUCCGACACUGUAAUGAAAAAAGAUGCCCGGAGCCUCAUGAAAUAUGUGCUGAGGACAACUAUUCAAACGUUGUUUGGAAGAUGACUCCUGCUGGAGAUACAGCAGCAGUACGAUGUCCUCCCAAUGCAAUGGGUUUGAUUUUGCGUCGCUGCAUCCUUGAUGAGGAGGGUAUGGCAUACUGGGAGAAUCCAACCUAUAUGAAGUGCAUUUCCAAUGAUUAUCGCAGCAUACAAACUUUGACUCGAGAACAUUUAUCCAAAGCACAGCGAGGCCUUGUGGGUGAUGGACUCUCUGAAGUGAUGACUAAACUGAGGGUGACUUCCAGUGAUGGCACCAGCUACAGUGGUGAUUUGCAGGCCAUUUUGGAUGUGCUGAAGAACAUGACUGAGAUCUUCAGGAGGGCAUACUACAGUCCCAGCAGUGCAGACAUGAGGAACUUUGUCCAGUCACUUAGUAAUCUACUAAUGGAAGAAAACCGAAUGCGAUGGGAAGAAGCUCAACUGCUGGGUCCAAACAUCAAAGAGCUGUUCCGCCUGUUUGAGGACUUUGUGGAUGUCGUCGGUCUGAGAAUGAAAGACUUUCAGGACAUGUAUGAAGUGACUGACAACAUAGUUUUAAGCAUCCACAAGCGUCCUGUGCUGAGUAAUGCAGAUAUCAGCUUCCCGAUGAAGGGUUGGAGAGGCAUGGUGGAUUGGGCUCGCAACUCAGAGGACAGAGUCAUCAUCCCAAAACACAUCCUGCUAACAGCCAAGCCAGAUUCAGAUGACUCCUCGACAUUUGUGACAGGUAUCAUUCUGUACAGAAACUUGGGAAGCGUUCUGAAUUUGCAAAGAAACGGCACUAUACUCAACUCCAAGAUUGUAUCCGUCACCAUUAAACCCACUCCUGCUUCCCUUUCUGCUCCCGUUACAGUUGAAUUCUCUCACUUGUACAACGGCACCACGAACCAGACAUGUAUAUCCUGGGAUGAGAAUGAAAGCUCCUCUCUGCUGGGAUCCUGGUCUGCUAGGGGCUGCAAAACCGUGCUCGUCGAUGCACUCAGAACCAAAUGCCUGUGUGACAGACUGUCCACCUUCGCCAUUUUAGCACGACUUCACCCCGAAAUGAACAUGGAUAAGACACAGCUCCCAUCCGUGACACUGAUUGUGGGAUGUGGAGUGUCUUCUCUGACAUUGUUGCUACUCAUCAUCAUCUACGUGUCGGUCUGGAGAUAUAUUCGGUCUGAAAGAUCAGUCAUUCUUAUCAACUUCUGCCUCUCAAUCAUUUCUUCCAAUGCCCUUAUUCUCAUUGGACAGACCCAAACAAGAAAUAAGGUCUUAUGUACCAUAAUAGCGGCGUUUCUUCACUUUUUUUUCCUGUCAUCAUUCUGUUGGGUCCUGACGGAGGCAUGGCAGUCAUACAUGGCAGUGACGGGUCGUCUAAGGAAUCGCAUAAUACGCAAGCGUUUUCUCUGUCUUGGCUGGGGACUCCCCGCCCUUGUUGUUGCAAUCUCAGUGGGCUUUACCAAGGCAAAAGGCUAUGGAACACCGAGCUACUGCUGGUUGUCUCUGGAAGGAGGUCUUCUCUAUGCAUUUGUUGGACCAGCUGCUGCUGUUGUCUUGGUUAACAUGGUUAUUGGGAUUCUCGUAUUUAACAAACUGGUGUCCAAAGACGGCAUUACUGAUAUGAAACUAAAGGAGAGGGCGGGUCAGAUGACAGUGCCACUGUACAAUAUGACGCUCAAAUGUGCCAAGUGUGGAGUUAUCUCGUCGGCUGACGUUUCCGCCACAGCUACCAGUAACGCCAUGGCCUCACUGUGGAGCUCCUGCGUGGUUUUGCCCCUUCUGGCUCUCACAUGGAUGUCAGCUGUACUUGCCAUCACUGACCGGCGCUCUGCACUAUUCCAGAUUCUAUUUGCUGUCUUUGAUUCUAUGGAAGGCUUUGUCAUUGUAAUGGUGCAUUGCAUCCUACGAAGAGAGGUUCAGGAAGCAGUAAAGUGCCGCGUGGGAGACCGCCAGGAAGAUGGUAAUGGGGAUUCUGGUGGAUCUUUCCAGAAUGGACAUGCUCAGCUUGUGACUGACUUUGAGAAGGAUGUUGAUAUGGCUUGCAGAUCAGGCACUAUGAAGCACUCCUCCCUCCAGGGUGAGGAAAAGCCCACUUCUGGGGCUGUAACCCUUCAAAGGGGAUCUAACUUCAAUACAAUGCCAGCCAGUAUGGCCAAGGUCCAUCUCCAGAACAUGGCAGACUAUACCAGCCACACACUGACUCUACGCAGAGAGAAAUGUACCACUAAAGGAAUCAGCACUGAGUUGCCAGGUGCCAAAUCCAUUUACAUAUGUGACAGUGAGCUCUUUAAGCAGCUAGAUGGUGACCUUCCACAAAGGAAUGGAGAAGGAAGCAGUUGUGAGGGCACUAGCAAAGCCGCAGGGCUAGUCCUAUUACCAGCCAACAACACAGCUACCCUAAGGCCAGCCAAGGGCAAAGAAGAGCAACCAACCAAGUACAACAUUAGUGUUGAGCAGCUGCCUCAGACAAGGCUCAUCCACCUGGCUAACCCUGUCAGUGGUGAGCCAGUGCUUGGAUUCGGACUGAAGAGCUUGCCUGCUGACCAGGUCAGUGUGUCAUGUUCAGAGAGAGACUCACCUGCGCACAACCUUCAAAACCUGCCAAGAGACUCUCAAGUGGACAGCAGCACCUGUAAUGGAGCAGAAUCUGGAAACUCUGUUGUGAUGACCAAGAGUGAAACUGUUUCUACACUAUCCACAAGCUCCCUGGAGAGGCGAAAAUCACGCUAUGCAGAGCUUGACUUUGAGAAGAUAAUGCACACCCGGAAACGCCACCAGGACAUGUUUCAGGACCUGAACAGGAAGAUUCACAGUGCAGACAUGGAUGUAGACUCUUCACCUGUUGAUGCCAAAGCUACUAAAAGAUGGAGCGUGUCCUCUGCCGGCAGCGACAAGACCAACAUAAGUGAUAAGCAGCAGACUCCAAGUAAGAGGAUGUGGGAGGGCAUCCAAAAGACCCACUCACCUCCAUCUUGGGGAAGAAAAGACCUGGCAACAGCAGUGACCUCCCCUUUGGAGAUGCAGACGGUGGAGUGGGAGAAGACAAGUGCAACUAUUCCUUUGGUAGGCCAGGAUAUCAUGGACCUGCAAACGGAGGUGUGAUAAAUAAGCCGUAUUUCCUCGCAUCACCUUUCACUUCACUCUUGGACAAAUAAGGAACAUGUCACAUGUACUGGAUGAGUUCCACGGCAAAUGUGAGGAAAAAGGAGAGUACAAAAGACAAUAAAUGCAGGACAUUAGCAUACGAGAACUGCUGUCAUGAUGUCUUUGUAUGUUGUUUCAUUUAAUGUUUUGACCGUGUUUUCAUCAGACAUGAACUGCCUCCCUGAAUAUGGACAUGAGUACCAAACUGCUUACGGGGGAGACAGUUUGGUCGGAGAUUUAGUGACUCCAUAGUGUAUCAUACACAAAGGCUAUGACUUGUUGUCGAGUAUGUAUUUAAUGGUUGUAAUGUAAUUAGUCAUGUCUUCUUUCUAUCCAUUCAGUCUUACUGCAUCACUGUUGCACUCUCUUUCUCCAAAUCAGCACUGCUGUUUUACAUGGCUCAAAAGUUUUUCCUCAACGUCAGUGAUAAAUUGAAACAUCAAGAAUAGUUCGAGGACAGACUGCCAAGCGCCCGCUGCUAUGCUCCUUAAGUCAAUCCCUUCGCCUGCACAAAUCACCCAUAUCCUUCUGGCUCCGACAUUUUUUUUCCACACUGGCACGGUUGGCACCGGUGAGACAAGUUGAAGGGGAAUGUGGAUGAAAACAAAAUCAAGCGUCCAAAAGGAGAAUUGCCUUCUCCUCGAAUGACUCCUCUGAAAUUCUUGCAGGCUUUGACAUCUAAUUUUGGGCUUCGACCACAAUUCCACCCCUGAGGAUCGGGGAUAGCUCACAUCUACUCGGUCAGUACAUCCAACUGUGUGGCAUUUGUUGACAACGACAAGCAGGCAGGCUUCGUGUUGCUAAAAUUCCAUUUUUAAAAUUGGUAUGAAAAAGGAAUAUCAAUGUUGAAUAAUUAAAGAUAUGUAUGUGACUCAAGAUAUAAAUAUACAGUAUACCGUAUGUUGUGAUACAUAAAUGGAACAUGAAAGCACAAGGCUCAUUUGGAGUCAUGAUGUACAGCAUUGUAAUUAUAUGACAGAGUUCUACAGAGUGGAUUUCAGCGUUUAAAUAUAUUUCAUACUCUGCUUUUGAAGAGUCAUUAUUAAAUAUCAAAAGAAGUAUUAUGAUAUCCUUCUUCUCCCUUUCCUGUCUUUUCAGGAUACUGGACUAUAUGCGUGUUCUGUAUCACAAUGUAACCUGCGUGUUUUUAUACCACAACCAUUUACUCUUGGAUCUCCUCACUGUUGUCCCCUGUUCUCGAAUCUGCUCGAUCGCCAGCCUUUCUCACAGAGCCCUCACACCUCUCCUAACUUGCCUUUUUAUUUUAUCUGGGGUCAUCUGUUUGUUAAUGUACAGUUUUCAGAGCACAAAGUGAAUGUGUCUUAUUUCUAAUUAAAAAAUAUAUAUAUAUAUGUACUUUAA